AUGGAAAAUCAGUUGAAACAUCCAAAGAAUUUGCCAGUAUGGAAGAACAAUGCAACAGCAAAAAAACCCCAUUUUUACUAUCUUCCUGAAAGGAAGAAAAAGAAAUCCUGCCAGAAGCCUGUGGACAAAUACAUUGAGUAUGAUCCUGUUAUCAUCUUGAUUAAUGCUAUUUUAUGUAAAGCACAAGCAUACAGGCACAUUCUUUUUAAUACAAAGAUAAAUAUUCAUGGGAAGCUCUGCAUAUUUUGUUUGCUCUGUGAAGCUUAUCUCAGGUGGUUGCAGCUGCAGGAUUCAAGCCAAAAUAUAGAUCCUGAUGACUUAAUCAGAUAUGCCAAGGAAUGGGAUUUUUAUAGAAUGUUUGGUAUAGCUUCUUUAGAACAAACUUCAUUUUUGGUUGGCAUUUUUAUUACCUUACGGUGGAUGAGACCUGAGAUGCUGAAGACAAAAUCUGACUUCGUUUUACUUCUGAAAGCACUGCUGUUGUCCAGCUAUGGAAAGCUUUUGCUAAUUCCAGCUGUUAUUUGGGAACAUGACUACACACCGUUGUGCCUUGCAUUUAUAAAAGCGUUUGUCUUGAUAUCAAACUCUCAAGCAAUUAGAGUUACACUGAACUUGAACCGAUUGCUCCCUUGGUUGGCCAUCUUGUUUGGGUUAAUUUUGGAAAAUAGUGUGGUCUGCUUGUUCCAGAAAAUAGGAUGGGAUGCUUGA